AUGUGGUAUUGUUCAUAUAUUUUCAUUUAUAAUUAUUUGAUAUUUUUAUUUAUUUCAUUAAUAAAAUCAAAACAAAUACCAUUAAUUGGACUUUUUACAAGAGAUAAUCAACAUAAUAAUAAUUAUACAUCAUCAUCAUUAAUUAUUGAUUAUGCAAUAAAACAUUUAAAAACAAUAACAAAUCUUCAUACUGAACUUGUUAUACAACGUCCUGAACAAGAUAUUCCAUGUGAUAUGGCUAUUGGAACAAAAUUAAUUUUCGAUAUGAUACAUCAAAGUCCAAGACCAUUAGCUAUAUUUAGUGGUUCAUGUCAAACAGUAGCAUCAGCUAUUGCUGAAACAGCUGGAGUAUAUGAUAUGACUAUAGUAAUCUAUUCUGACACAAGUUCUCUUUUUACUGCUAGAGAAAAAUAUCCAUCAUUAAUACGAACUGUACCAGGUGAUUCUCAACAUAAUAUAGCUCGAAAAUUAUUAUUGAGAAAAUAUAAUUGGCGUCGAUUUGGAAUAUUAUAUCAAUAUGAACGACAAUAUACGAUGCCUGUAACACGAUUCAAUGAUCUUUUGCAAGAUGAAAAUGAUUGGGAAAAUGCUCUAUCGAAGGGUAUAUCAUUUAAUGAUUUGGAUGAAACACAAGGUAAUCGAACAAGAAAUUCAUUAAAAGAUGCAUUUGAUGAAUUACAACGAAAUAACAUUCGAAUAAUUCUUGGUAAUUUUAAUUCAACAAUGGCUAUUCGAAUAUUUUGUGAAGCAUUUCGUUAUAAUUUAUUUGGUUCACGUUUUCAAUGGAUUAUUGUUGGUUAUUAUGAAUCGGAAUGGUGGUUAAAUAAUCCUGGUCCUUGUAAUACAUCAGAAAUUUUACGUGCACUUAAUGGUACACUUCAAACUCGUGUUGCUAAAUUAGGUUAUUAUGGUAAUACACGAACAAUAGCUGAUUUAACACCAUAUCAAUUUAAUUUUGAUUUAUCAAUACUUAAAACAUCAAAUUAUUUUGUUGGUUAUGCAUUUGAUGCAAUAUUAACAUUAACAUCUGCAUUUGAAAAAUUAAAAAAUUGUCCAAAUGAAUUUCAUAUUGAUUCUAUAUGGCGUCAAUCAUGUUGGCGUCAUGAAUUAAUUAAUAUAAUUAAAACAAUUGAUAUUGAAGGUGUUACUGGACGUAUACGUUUUAAUAAUGGUGAUCGUAUUGGUGAAAUUGUUAUCGAACAAAUUUUAGUUGAUACUGUUCAGUUAUUUGUUGCAUUACCAACAAAUCAAUCAAAAUAUAUUCUUUUACCAGCAAGAAAUGAACGAAAUAUAACUUGGCAUGGUUAUGGACCACCAAAUGAUCGUAUAAAACGUAUUGAACGUGAUCAACGAAUAUCUAUAUUAACAUAUACAAUAAUGGCUAGUAUUAGUGGUAUAGGAAUUCUUUUAGCCAUAGGAUUUUUUGUAUUUAAUAUUAUUUUUCGUACACAUAGAUUUAUUCGAAUGUCAAGUCCACAAAUAAAUAAUUUAAUUAUAGCUGGUUGUAUUCUUUCAUAUACAAGUGUUCUUUUAAUGGGUAUUGAUUCAACUUUAUUAGGAAAAAGAAGUUCAGAAUCAGCAAUGAAUUUUAUUUGUGCAGCUCGUGUUUGGACUUUAUCAAUUGGUUUUACUAUAUCAUUUGGAGCUAUAUUUAGUAAAACAUGGCGUGUUCAUACAAUAUUUACUAAAAUUCAUGCAUCAAAACGAGCAAUUAAAGAUUAUCGUUUAUUUAUAUCAAUUGGAAUACUUUUUGCUAUUGAUAUGGCUUUAUUAACAUCAUGGCAAAUUGUUGAUCCAUUAAAAAUUUUUAAAGAUAUUAGUCAAACACAAACUAAAGAUGAAGAUGUUGUUAUUUUAUGGAUUUAUGAAGAAUGUCGAUCUAAUCGUCGACCAAUAUGGAUUACAAUGUUAUCAAUUUAUAAAGGUGUAUUAAUGGUUGUUGGAUCACAUUUUGCAUGGGCAACACGAAAUGUUCGUAUAACUGCAUUAAAUGAUUCGGCUUAUGUUGGUAUGAGUCUUUACAAUGUUGUUUUAUUAAGUAUAACAACAGCUGUUGUUGGUUAUUUUUUACGUGAUCAACAUGAACGUAAUUAUAUAAUAACAUCUGUAUUUAUUUUACUUUGUGUUACAAUAACAUUAUGUCUUGUAUUUGUACCAAAAGUUCUUGAAGUAGCAAAAGAUCCACGUUCAAGAGCUAAACCUCAACGUGCAUUUUUUUCAAGUAUGAAACAUCGUUUAUCAAGAGAUAAACGACUUAUAAAACAACAACCAAAAUUAUCCAUUAAAUAUUUAACAAGUCAAAAUGAAAUGUUACGAUUAAAUGCAACAAGGUGUGAUGAAUUAAUUAAUAGACUUUCAUCUGCAGUAGCAGAUCCACAUUAUAAAGCGUAUCGAUAUGAAAUAUAUUUACCAAUAUCAACAUGUAUUAAUGAUGAAAUAAAGCGUACUCUUGAAUCCAAUUGGUUAUUUGAAGAUGAAAAUAAAUUAUUAAUAUAA